CUUAAAUUUUUCAUAUUUCUAAUUUAUUCAUCAAAAAGCUUAUUUUGUAUCAUCAUUAUACCAUUUUUUUGUAAUGGGAAAUAAAUCCCUUGACGCGAUGGAGUUUGCUCGAGGAGACAGGAGACACGGCAAUGGCAAAGCGGCGACCGGCUUCAAGGACUUCGCUAACAGACUGCCAGCUUAUGAUAAAGGUUUGCUGAAACAAUGUGUAUCCUACCAUUUCAUCAAUUUUCCUGAGGAGUGGGGAGCGAAGGAGCUGUUCUACUUUAUAAGGAAGACAGUGAAAGCAGGUAGACUCUGGGAUAUAUUCAUUCCGAGUAAGAGGGAUAGAAGAGGCAACAUAUACGGAUUCGCCAGAUUUUUGGAUGUCAGAGAAGAACAAGAGAUGAAGAAGCAACUGGAAAGCAUAAGGAUUGGAAACAAAAGGGUGAUCUUCAACCCAGCUGUGGAAAAAGGAGAAGAGAAACGCAGAUGGCAAGCAAAAUCAGUAGAGGAAGUAAGAUGGAAGAGUAGCAAAAAGAGGACCGGUUACGAAGAAAGCACCAAGGAUGAAGAAGAAAACAGGAAAGCUCCAAAGAUGACAUAUGCACAAAGCCUUUUACAACAAAAAGAGAAGGCUAACAUUAGUGAUAUAGAUCUUAAGGGCCCUACACCAUCAGAGGCAAGAAAUUACAGGAGGAACUCAAGCAGAGCAAUGGCUAAGGCUACGGUUCCGGGAGGAUUCAAAUACAAAAAAGUGAUCGAGAUAAAAGGGACAGAGGAGACUGAAGAAAAUUUAAUGAAGUGUGCAGUAGGAGUGGCUCUAUCUCCUUCCAUCAUCUCAAAUCUUCCAGACAUAUUUUUUAAUGAAGGAUUUCCUUCGAUCAAAAUAACUCCCAUGGGCGGUAACCUUGUGCUGAUAGAAGAGGAGUACCCGGAGUGUAUAAAGGAGCUAGUUGAUGGGAACUUACAGUGGGUGUCAUCCUAUUUCGAAAGGAUUAAGUACUGGUCACCAACAGAUAUUGCAGAAGAGAGAUUUGUGUGGGUCAGAAUUCAAGGAUUACCAUUGCAUGCUUGGACAGAAGAAAGCCUAACAACAAUUGGUAAUCAUGUGGGAAAGAGCGUCAAAGUUGAUGAACACACCCUUUCCAAAGAAUGUCUGGAUGUAGCGAGAAUAUUAGUCUCUACUAAAUCUAAAACAGGGAUUAAUGAAGAAUUCUUGCUCAAAGUGAAGAAUAAUAGUUACAACAUCACUUUAGUGGAGGAAAAUUGGAGAGCUGAUCCUUGGUGGCUGAACAAGAUUGAUAAUUCCAGUGUUGACUCAGAAGUAAGCUCAACGGCAUUCAAUUUUGGUGACGAUUCCGGCGAGCUUGACGGCAACUUUUCAAACGGUCAAGAGGAGGAGGAAAUUCAAACACCUUUCAAAAAUGUCAAUGGCAUUAAUUACCCUGACAAAUUGUGUGUCUCAAAGAUAGUUGUUGAGGGGUGCAAAGAUAAUGGUGACGUGCUGUCUAAUCAUAUUCAGGGGAAACAGAGAGAGGAGCGUGCAAAUGGGAGCCAGACCAGCUUCAAUAGAACUCCAGCAUCAGACGAAGGGGUUGUUCAAGAAACAGCCCAAUCCAAAAGCCCACCUGCUAGCAAAAACAAGGCCCAUUCGGCCGAAGGAAAAAGCGAAGCAGACCAGCAAGAGGAGUGUGGGCUUAAAAUGCUAAAUAGCCCUAUCAAAAGUCCCAAGAUACCAGAAGAAAUGAGAGCAGAAACAACAAUGCUAGUGACAGGAACGAGGCGCGGAAGAAGAAGAAGAGCAGUGCUACAGCUGGUCAGUCUUGACAGUACAUCCCCGAAAGGAUCAAUAUCAGACAGUGACAUUAUGUGUAACAACAAAAGGAUCAAGGAAGGCUUGGUAUUAAAUGAGGCGAAGAAGACGCUAGAAUUUGGGGGCAAUUUAGGGAUCGAGAUCAGUAACAGAGAAGAGCAGAUUGUGGAAAGAUUCAGCCAGAUGGAAGAAAGGGACAGACGGGGGCAUGCCCAGCAACAAUAACGGUAGGCCCUUUCCUUAAUUUUCAGAAAAUUCAGCAAUGAAGUUGAUCUCUUAUA